AUGGCGUUUAACAUGGGUCACACGCUGUUUCGUAUGCUGGUUCUAAUUAUCAUUCGCCGUACAAUGACAGAAGAACACAACAUGAGUUCAGAAAAUAUUAAUGACAUUUUGGAUAAACUCAUAAAACAGACCAAACCAAAUGAAUCUAAGCAAAUUGCGGAUGUAACGGCUAGUUAUUCUAAUGUUUCUGAGAAACGUCAUGGAAAUGAUUCAAAUAUUUAUGUUUUUAAGACUUUAAUGGCUCCUCAAAUUGAGUUUAAAUCUAGCAGUGAAAUAUUCAAUAGGUCGCGCCAUAGUCAUGACGACGCCCAUGGAGAUUUUCCACCAACUUCAGAUGAAGGACCAUUGUCAAUUGCAAGUAAUGUAAACAGAAAAAAAAUAAUGGCAGUUGACAACCAAACACAACACGAUACCCCAACUAAACGUCGGUCAGGGAUGGCAGAUGAAAAUGAGCACGAGUUGGAAGAUUUAAUAACUAAAGAAAUGUACUCAAAUUUCAACACAGGACAGGAAAACCUUCAUUCAUUUUUUUCAAAACCUGGACAGCAAUCAGAUCAAUUGAAAUUAUUACAAAAAUAUCCAGAAAUUAUUAUUGACCAUGUCUCUUACGACGACGACGAUGACGACAAUGAUAAAAACAGCAAAAUUAAAAUCAAACCUACAGAUGAAGCUAUAACCACAAAGAAAGAAGUGAUAAUAGAAAUAGAGAGUCAAGAACAUAAUACAAAACCACUUAAGACUCGUUUUAGUAUACCAGAAGAAGAUAUAGUAACUAAAGAAAAUAAAGCACCAGAUGAAAUCGAAUCAAGAAAAUAUUCAACUCUUGAAGUGAAAAGCUUAAUAGACGAAAUACAGAAGAAACUGUUGCAUGAUUCUCUUUUGAAACAAACAUCAGAAAACAAUUUCUUAAAACAAAAUAUGUUAAUUGAAAGGAUUAUGCAAAGAUUACCUGAAAGACAACCAAUUAGGAACAAUGCCAUGCCUCCACCUUCAUACAUGAUCCAUCAUGAACGAAGUGCACCAAUAGCUAUCGACAGACGGUCACAUCUGCAUGGCUCCGUUGAGACUCUACACAGGCAUGUCGGAAACCGUCACGUUAAAAAAACAUAUUUACAAGUUCCUCCUGUUACAAAUAAAUGGAAAAUUCACAACCGCGUAUUAAGAACACUUUUGCGACUUUGUAGAUCAGGUGCCAUCAAACGCACACGUCUUAUUGCUAGCCUAAUUGAUAAAAUAAUGUCAAACAUCGAUUACAGAUCCGUAUGUUACGAUUAUAUCUAUAAGAAAUAAAAUAA